GUAGGGGCGAGAAGGAAGGAAGGAAGGAGAUCAAUAGCGUAUGGCUCAUCCACAUCUGCCAAUAGCAAACGUCUCCACCAGCUGGAGGUGGGACUCUAGAUAAGGAGGGCUCUAAGUUCUAUUGAGAAUUCUUUAACGGGGUCUGGCUCUGGCCCACAUGCCCAGGGUCUAACUGAUCGCUGGGUUGGGAGGGAAUUUCCCCCAGGUCAGAGUGGCAGAGACCCUGAGGCUUUUAUACCUUCCGCUGCAGCACGGGGCACUUGGGGGUUUGAACUAGAGUAAGUGGUGCACUCGCUGUAACUUGGAGUCUUUCAGUCAUGAUUUCAGGACUGGCUAACGCAGCCAGAGGUUGCAGGAGUGAGUGGGCAAGAUUCUGUAGCCUGCAAUGUGCAGGAGGUCAGACUAGAUGAUCACGAUGGUCCCUUCUGGCCUUCGACUCUAUGAGAUCAGGAAGACGGAAAGAAAGGAAAUGGAUCAUGGGAGCUAAACAGAACUGGGCCCAGCUCUUUGGAGGUGCCACUGGGCCCAAAGACCUUUUCCGGGAGCUUCCUUUGUCUCCAGGCUCUGGAUGGGGCCUAGAUUACCAGGACAGCAGCCAUCCAAACUUGGGCACCAUGGAGGUUGCAAUUCCUACUCCAGGAUCUUGCCUGCAGCCGGGGGGACCCAGCCUGUGAGAUGAAGGGUCAGGUGCCGCCCUGGAGUGAGCUAGCACCUUGAUUUAACCAGGAGUGUGUUUUGCUUACACCAGGGCUGGAUCCGUGCCCUGGUGUCUGCACUGGCUGUGGGGCAAGUGAGAUUGGGGUGCAGCCCAUGUGACUGUCCCUGGUUCAGGGCGCAGCUGCUGGGGAUCACCUAUCCCUCCCCCCAGGAACGUUGCCCUGUCUGUGCCAGUGUUUGGGGGAUGGGCCUCAGAGAACCAGCAUUGCCCAACAUGGGUUCAGCCUGCAGAUGCAUCCAGCCCCUUUGCUCACCCUUGAAAGGGCUGUUUGCCUGCUGGUGCUUUAUCCACAAAAGCUGCAGAUUCCCUGGCCAGAGGCAGCUCCCACUUCCAGCCCCAAAUCCCACUGGAGCUGAGUCUCUGUUUCCCCUCUGGGAGAACAACAAAGCGAGUUAUUUCAGGGAGGAAAGGUCCCUGCGAGGCUGCCCUAUGGCUGGAGCCACGGAGCUGCUGUCUGGGCCAGAGAUCUGUUUGUGCGGCUGGGAGCUGUGUGUGUUUGCGUGACUCCCCUUUCCCAUCAAGGCCAGAAUCUAAACAAUCUUGAUUCCUGUUCUGGCUUCAGCAGCGGGCAAUGGGCAGGGCUCCCUGAAUUGCAGGAAACGGAGCCAUCAGCCUGUUUACGUAGAAAUCACAGACGGAGGUGGGUGGAGAACCCUGGGCUCCCAGGACCCAGGGGCUCGUCCAUUUAGAAAGGGCUCCAGAAGCGAAGGAGACGGCUGCACAGCGGGGAGGGAGGCUUGGGGACAGUGGUGAGGUCAAGUCUUCAUCAUGUUUAGUUUGGCAAGAAUUCCCUUUUCACAAGGAAGAAUUUAAAAAACAAAAACCCCUCCCUCUCCAUAGAAGCAGCUGGGAAACUUUUGGCAGCCUGCUAGGAGUGUAUUUGUAUCGCUGAUAAGCCUGAUACCAAAGCCCGCUGGAGGACCCAGUCCGCGACUCUCUGCAAUGCACCGCUGGCCUGAAGGAUACUUCGGAGCAGGCCCACGGAGCUGUAUCUCCCACCAAAUCAAUUCCCUACCAUUGCCACGAGCCCCCAUAUUUCUCUGCCUGUGGUUUCCUUUAAUCUAGUACGGAUUACUGGCCUCAGGACCGAGGUAACUGGGCGGGGUUUCGUGGCCCAAUAUGCAGGAGGUCAGCCUAGGUGGUAUGGGGGUCCCUUCUGGCCUUAGAAGCUUGGACUUUGAUGCACGGAAGAGAGGUGUGGUGGAGGGGAAGGUGAGCCCAUCUUCAUCAGGCCCUUCUGAGCCAUUGCUCUUUGAUCCUGCACGAUCUAUUGCUUAGACCUAGUUAAAUCCCGCUAGCGGCACUGCCCUGCUUUGGCCCUGUUGCAUCCCAUUACAUCUGUUACUCCCUGGCUGCCCUUUGAACUUCCUAGGUCCCCUGUUAGUUCCUGCCGCCUACUCUGUCCCUGCUGUGUUAGUGAUCAGAUCGUGUGGAACUCGCUGGCUCCCUGUUUUCAAACUGGAGCUUGGCUGGUGCAAGCUGGGUGCUGUUCUCCACGCCAGAGAUGGCUGCAUUUCAGUGGUGGUGAGGCUGCGCAGCCUGUAAAUUGCUUUGAUGUAGAUUUUCCUGGGAUGUAAGGAAGUGCAGCAACACAAGUUGCUACAAUGAAAAGAGGCUGAUGUGUCUAUUGCUCUUCAUGCGACAACAGAACAUGAAGGCACUGCAGGGACACAGCUGGGUCACAAAGAAAAUGCUGCAAGGAGCCAUCGGGAGCUUUCUCCUGGUUGUUCUGACUGUUCCAAGGAGCUUUCCAGCGGAGAACCUGAUGUGCGCCUGUGAUGCACAGAUGCAGCCCUGUCACAAUGCCACCUGCUUGGGGAAGGUGUGUUUUGUGAGCAAAACCCUGGAGAACGGGAAGGCCAUCCAGGCCAAGGGCUGCCUGAGUAACCAUAUCCUGGAGCACUGCCAGAUUCCGGCCAUGGAAGAAUAUGCCAUGAACUGCUGCAGCUCCAACAUGUGUAAUGAGAACAUCAGUGUCCUCCUGAAGGGCCAGGAGCAGCCCGAAGAACCUGCCUCUCUGAAGAACCUUCUCCUGAUGAUCCUCGUGCCCCUGCUGGCCCUCCUCGUGCUCGUCAUGCUCAUCACACUCUCCUUCUGGAAGCUGGCUCAGCACCGCAGGAAGCGGCUUCUCAUCAGACAUGAUGACUUGGGGGACACAGACUUCAUGCUGAAAGCCUCCAUGGUUGGAGACAGCACCUUAGAGGACCUGCUGAAUGAGGACUGCACGACGGGCAGUGGCUCUGGGCUGCCCUUUCUUGUUCAAAGAACUGUGGCUCGGCAGAUCGCUCUGGUGGAAUGCGUAGGGAAAGGACGCUAUGGGGAGGUCUGGCGCGGCGUGUGGAACGGGGAGAACGUGGCCGUGAAGAUCUUCUCCUCCCGGGACGAGCAGUCGUGGUUCCGCGAGACGGAGAUCUACAACACGGUGCUGCUCAGGCAUGACAAUAUCCUGGGCUUCAUCGCCUCUGACAUGACGUCCAGGAACUCUAGCACCCAGCUCUGGCUCAUCACUCACUACCAUGAGAAUGGCUCGCUCUACGACUACCUGCAGAGGACGGUGCUGGACACCCAGGCCUGCCUGAGGCUGGCCUGCUCCAUCAUCUGCGGCCUGGUCCACCUGCACGUGGAGAUCUUCGGGACCCAAGGGAAACCAGCCAUCGCUCACCGGGACCUGAAGAGCAGGAACAUCCUGGUGAAGAACAACAUGCAGUGCUGCAUCGCAGACCUGGGGCUGGCGGUCAUGCAUUCCCAGGGCAGCGACUACCUGGACAUUGGGAACAACCCUCGGGUUGGCACCAAACGCUACAUGGCCCCCGAGGUCCUGGACGAACACAUCCGUACCGACUGCUUCGAAUCCUAUAAGCAGACAGAUAUCUGGGCAUAUGGUCUGGUGCUCUGGGAAAUCACCAGGAGGACAGUUGUUAAUGGGAUAGUGGAGGACUACAGGCCUCCUUUCUUUGACAUGGUGCCAAGCGACCCCAGCUUCGAGGAUAUGAAGAAGGUGGUUUGCACUGACCAGCAGACGCCCAGUGUCCCUAACCGGCUGUACUCUGACUCGAUUUUGUCCGCCCUGGCUAAGAUCAUGAAGGAAUGCUGGUACCAGAGCCCCUCUGCUAGGCUCACAGCCCUGAGGAUUAAAAAGACACUAAAGAAGCUGAGCAGCUCCCUAGAAAAACCCAAACAAGAUGAUUAACUGUGGGGAGCAGGCCCGAGAGUGCUGCCAUCGGGUUUCUGACUCGCUCAGGCUCUGAAGCAGCAGAGAAGCCAAAAAGGUUCAAGGUCACCGAGUUUAUGCUGCGCGCAGGGAGGGGGCCAGGUCUCUUUGCGCAACUCUGAAACAAACCGGUUUUUCCCUCGAAGUCCAGCCCCGUUGUGGAAGGAGGAUUUUAAUUGGCCACCAUUCCCCAGGGACCAUUCCAACCUGCUGCAGAAAAGCCCCACUCAGCAGCUGCCAGUUGCCCCGGCAUGUCUUUCGCAGUCGCUCUCCAGUGUCCUCGGAGUUGUUUUUUUGGAGGUUUUUUUUUUAAUUAAAAAAAAAUUCUCCCAGCCCAUUUAUAAAAAUACCCGCUGGGUCCAUGAGCUGACGCCAGCCUGUCUCGCGUGCCAGACGGGAAUAUGAGCAGCAGCCCGUGCCCCACCCUGCUCACAAGAGUGGGGCGUUGACUCUGGACGCCACAUCAGGACCAUGUAAAAAGCAAGAGUCUCAGUUUAGCCUUUGGGAUCCUUUUGCACACGGGUGAGUGUGCAUGCAUGUGCACAUGGGUGAGUGUGCGUACACGCAUGUCUGUCUGUGGGCACGUGUAAAAUAACACAGUAUGCACUCUGGAAUCACCAGGAGGCGAGCAGCAGCGCAGUGACUGGAACUGGGCUGUGAUGAACGCUCUGUGCUCAUUCAGGGGGUGCAACUGAAGCCACUGAGGGAUGCACUAAUUUAGCAUCCUAUUG